GGUGUGCUAUAAAAUCUCAGAUGAAUAUAAGCUUGUGCCAGAGCAGGCAGACGAAGGCAAAGCUGCACAAUGAUGUCCCACAUUUGUUUGAUCCUGCUGCUGAUGUUGACACUGGACUCCGUGUCGUCCAACAACAGAUUUUUCAUCUCAGCCCCGAGAGUGUUCCAUGUGGGCGUCAAAGAAAAAGUGUUGGUCCAGGUGGAAGGGAUUCAUCUCAAUAAUGUCAUAACAUUUUACCUGGAACAUGAAAGUACUACAACACUGAUGUCUGUGAAAACAACUGCUACGUGUGCUGAGAUGGGCAGCAUCAAAACAGUUGAGCUCAUGGUAGACAAGGAAAAGAUGUCACAAUUGGCUUCCCCCAAAAAUGCACCACUAUAUCUUGUGCUAGUGGCAGAAAGCCCUUCCUUCCCUAAGAGGUAUUCAACAAGGGUCCUGGUGUCAAAGCACAGGGGUUACAUCUUCAUUCAGACCGAUCAGCCGAUCUACACCCUGUCACAGACAGUGAGGUACAGGAUCUUCACACUGGACCAUGCACUGAGGCCUACAAAUGAAAUGUGCAGCAUUUCAAUUUUUAAUGCAGCUGGAAACAGAGUAAUGUAA